AUGGUCUGUGUCCUCGUGAAUCAGCUGAUCAGGAAACUCGCUGAAUGUUGCAAACACGAUGUGUUGACCACAAGCAGCUAAAAUCACAUUUUAACAAUGACCCAUUUAAAAGCGGAAGCUCAGGAAGAUGACAGUGAUCUGUAACUCUAUCUUUAACGGAUAAUUUCGAGCUAAUGUGGUUUGUUUUUGCAGUAGGAAGGACUAAAUAGCUGCACCAUAGGACGUCUGUUCAAAAUUGCCCAGUGAAGUGACAGCAUGGAUCCCUUGGGAGCUCGUUCCCAGUUUGUGGAGGUCCAGAACCUCUCCACGUGGGACCAGCCUCAGGGAGUCCAGGACGAGGUGGAUGGAGAAAACCACUUAAUGGAAGAAGAUGACCAGCUGACCAGUCAGCUCAUUUCCUUAGAGUCCCCUUUCCCCUUCAGACAAGACAUCAACAGCAAAAUUGUACUAUUUAAUGGAGAUGUGGCACUUUUAAACUGCACUGCGAUUGUCAAUACAAGUAACGAGACACUAACGGACAAGAACCCUGUAUCAGAGAGUAUCCACAGAUACGCCGGACCUGAGCUAAGGGAUGAACUACUCAAACUGAAAGGAUGUCGGACCGGUGAGGCAAAAAUGACAGAGGGUUUCAACUUGGCUGCACGUUUUAUCAUUCACACAGUUGGACCCAAAUUUAAAGCCAAGUACCGGACAGCUGCAGAGAGUUCUCUUUACAGCUGUUACAGGAACGUCAUGCAGCUCGCCAAGGAACAUGCCAUGGCAUCUGUGGGUUUUUGUGUGGUCAGCACAGUCAAAAGGGCAUAUCCUCUGGAGGACGCCACACAUAUAGCAUUAAGGACUGUUCGUAGAUUUCUGGAGAACCAUGGUGAAAAUAUUGAGACAGUUGUGUUCACUGUUUCGGAUGUUGAGGAGCCAGUGUACAGAAAGUUAAUGCCUUUGUAUUAUCCACGCUCAAAAAAAGAGGAGAGGAUCGGCCUGCCUCUCCUCCCUGCCGACAUUGGCAAUGCUGAGGGGGAGCCCGUGGUCCCAGAGAGACAGAUCCGCAUUGCCGAAAAGCCAGGAAAUCUAGAGGAUGACUCCGGGGAUGACUCACUAGAGUCCGACCUAGGGCUGGUAGGAAGUCAUGCGUUUGCUCGUAUGGAAGGGGAUGUGGAUAAGCAGCGUAAACUCAUCCUUCAGGGCCAAAUGUCUGAAGCAGCCCAGCAAAAACAGCACCAAAGGAACUAUAACCGCUGGCUUUGCAGAGCUCGAGCAGAAGACCUUUCAGACAUAGCAGCAUUAAAGGCACUAUAUCAGACAGGUGUUGAUUUGUGUGGUAGGACGGUCAUGGUUGUUGUUGGCAGGAAUAUUCCAGUUACACUUAUUGAUAUGGAGAAGGCUCUGCUGUAUUUCAUCCACGUGAUGGACCAUAUCACAGUGAAGGAGUAUGUUAUGGUGUAUUUCCACACACUCACCGGUGAACACAACCACCUGGACACCGACUUUCUCAAAAAGCUUUAUGACAUUGUGGACGCCAAGUUCAAGAAAAACCUGAGAGCUUUCUACUUCGUUCACCCGACAUUUCGCUCCAAGGUCUCUACAUGGUUUUUCACAACGUUUAGUGUAUCAGGCCUUAAAGAGAAAGUCCAUCACAUAGAGAACCUACAGCAGCUCUUUACCUGCAUCCUACCUGAGCAGAUUGACAUCCCUCCGUUCGUCCUGGAAUAUGACACACGGGUUAACAGCCCCUAUUAUACAACUCAGUCCUCAGGCCUGUGAUGGUGUCAGAUAAACCCAGAACUGAGGACAGGACCUGACACUUUCACACUUUUCAACCCAAUGACCCCGACUCUGAUGUAAACAAGAUGAACGCAGUUUAAAGCGCAUCUUUGUCGUUCCUGACCAGCAAGUUUUCUCUGUGACAGUGAGAGACUGUCGAUCAAUAAUGCUGUAUAAACACAUCCUGCUGAAACCUGCUGAACGUGCCACAGACCUGUACCAAACGCAGAUGUCACCGAAGGAACCGCCUGCCUGACCAAAGCUGUUUUUGGAUGAGGUAUGCGUGUGUGUGGUGUGGAAGAAGAGACUGAAUUUGAGAAACAUGCAUAACAAACAUAAUAAACCAAUAUUUUGUACCAAUGUGAAACACAUGUGCCAGUGUCUGCGUGAAUAAUGGCUGGAAAUAGCCGAAACAAUUCUGGUUUUAAUUUCUUACGUCAUUGUCCAUCCAAUCAUCUAAAAAGCCUCAUAUUUUGGUAUAUAUUUUGUUUUGUGGUUUCAUUUAAGCCUGCAAAGUCACUAGAAGGAGCAGCGUUUUGCUUUUAUCUUGCUUCUCUUUUUUCCAGUUAUAAGCACUUUUACUGCUUUAUCUGAGGUGUUAAACAACCAUCACUACAGUUUCUUGGGGUUUGACAGGAAGCAACUUUUCCUUGUGUGUGAGCGAUGUGAUGUUGGAAAGAUUGCUUGGUUAAGCUCUAAAAUCAGGUUGGCCUGUUGAGAUUUCUUUAAGCCUAUUAAUAAUAGUACUUUCUUUUAUUCAUUUCAAUAUGGUACAUCAGUGUUCUGGUCGCUUUACCUGAGGUACACUAAAAUGUUCCAGUGCGCCAGUUUGUAUUUCUUUUGAAGCAGGUUUACAAGCACGGCCGAAGAAAUGUCGCGGACAGAGAGCUGAUCUCAAAGUGAAGCACUGUAAAUAGAUAAAUGUAGUUACUGCAGAUGCUGUCUGGUAUUAUUCAGUUUUUUUUUUUUUUUUUUUAGUCAGCCGUUACUGUAGCCGUGCAGUGAUUCAUGUGUUAAAUUUCCUACCAUUUAAAAUGAAGUAUGACAAAUGAAUUAUGAUGAUGAAGAAAGUAAUAUUUGAAUAAACAAUAUAAACAUUUGAUGUUAUCAUUAAUCUUCGUUUAGCUGUCCUUAUUGAAUUAUUUUGUUUAAUUGUAUGAUAUUUUCAGUUUGUCGCUCUUUGAAAUGGGUUUCGAAUAAAAGCAACCUUUUGUUUU